AUGGCUUGGAGCCCAUGGUCAAGUACCUCAUCUGUUCCGAGGGUGACAGAGUAUGAUUUAGAUAACUCAGAUGAAGCAUGCAAAAUUACCCCAGCUGUACCACAGACACUCGGACGGGUUGGGAAACAAGAGCUGGACUUCUCGCCCAUGGACGAAAUAGUGACGUUUCACGUGGGAUCAGGAGACGAUGAGAAGAAAUUUAUCGUGCAUAAGAGUCUAGCAUGUCAAGUCUCACCCGUAUGGGAGAAGGCAUUCAACAGAGCGUUCAUCGAAGGCCAGACUCUAUCCUGCACUUUGUUGGAUGUAAAGCCCAAUCCGUUCACCCUGCUGGUGAAAUGGAUCUAUGGUCGAGACCUAGACACAGAAGCUACAAAAGUAAUGAAGAUAUUGUCCGGUCUGUCAGGUAGUGCCAAGGACGAUGAGAACGAAAAGUUGCAGAAGACAGUGGAUGACCAAGACAUAUCCCUAAUCCAACUCUGGAUUCUUGCUGACAGGCUGCUCAUACCGCACUUGCAGGGCGAUGUCAUAAAGAUCCUAAAAAGCAGAAGAGCUGCUUCACAAUGGAAUGAGACCGAAUCUCGCCGAAAGAGAGUCUCAUUAUACCGCCCCAGCUACCAGUGGUUUCCCACUGUAUUCGAGAAUACCAAACUCGACAGCCCACUUCGUGACUACACUGUUCAUCAAGCGGUCUUCUACUUGGAUGCGAAGACUUUCCAAGAACAUCCGGAGUGUUUCCCAAAAGCCUUGCUCCUGAGAUACGCCGAAUUUACAACAGAGCGGACACGACGAUUUCAGGAUAUGCAUGUUGAUAUUCGUCCGUCGAGGCGUCCCAUAAGGCUCAUACAUUGA